UUUGUUUGUACAACCAUGUUCCGAAAUCCUUGGAUCUCCAGCUAUUUGGGAAAUGUUAAACACUCUGAGGAGCAAGAUUUUGACAAAGGAAACUCAGUUAGAUUUAAACCUUCACGAUUGCUCCACAGGAAGAGAGCGUUAAGUUUUCAGAAGGAGUUCUCAUUUGAAGAUAAAGAGGAACUUGCCAACAGCACAAAGGAUAUUGAUGCUAACCUCUUAGCAGUACUUCCAAAAGUUUCAGAAUUAAGAAAACUCUUUGAACCAAACAACCAAGAUUUUUUGGAAAUGAAAAGAAAGGAGAGAAUAGCUAGACGCUUAGAGGGAAUUGAAAAUGAUACGCAACCUAUGCUUCUACAGAACUGCCCGGGGUCAGUCACACACCGUUUACUAGAAGAAGAUACACCAAGGUAUAUGCGUGCAACUGAUCCAUACAGUCAUCACUUAGGAAGAUCAAAUGAAGAGGAGGAAACUUCAGAUUCUUCUGUAGAGAAACAACCCAGAUCAUCCAGAUACCGCAUAGAAACCACAGGAGGAAAUACAGAGUCUUUGUACAGUACAGGAAACAUGGAUACCCAUGAACUAGAGUCUAAAGCAGAAAGAAUAGCUAGGUACAAGGCAGAGAGACGGCGCCAGCUGGCAGAAAAGUAUGGAUUAUCUCUUGAUUCUGAUUUGGAUUCUGACUACUCAUCCAGAUAUUCUCGGGCAAGGAAAGAUCCUGACAGUGUGGAAAGAAAGGGAUUGAGAAGUGAAAGGCAUGAUGAUGAAAACAAGGACUCUGGCUCCUUGUAUUUGUCCAGGACUGAGGUGAAGGAGUCAAAGAGUGUGAUUUCUGAAUCCAGAGAGUGCUCUAAUCGUGAAAAAGAUGGUAUUCCAGCUAAAGAAGAGCUUUCAAAUGAAAAGAGUGAUAAAAGAGCAGAUGAUGACAGUGCCAUUAGACAGGUUUCUGACCCUUCAGCAACACUGGAUAGUUCUGUCUCACUUACACUUUCUGGACGAGAGUCUUCCUCCUGUAAUGAAGUGCCAAUAUCACCAAAACAAACCCCCCGAGAGUCUCUUUCUUCACCAAAGCGGGCAGCCUCACCAAUCCAUUUGCAGAAUGAUCAGCCCUUGCACAGUAACAUCAGACAAAGUAGUGCAGGGAAAGCAAAACCUGAAUGGUUCCUUCAGAAAGAUUCAGAAGGGGACACACCAUCUCUUAUCAGCUGGCCCUCCAGAGUAAAAGUUAGAGAGAAACUGGUGAAAGAGGAAAGUGCACGUGGAAGCCCUGAACCUGUCACAGACAGUGUAUCUCAGAGAAAAUCCCAGCCAGUGCCAGCCCACUACAUGCCUCUUCAGACAGAAACAUCUGCCUUUGACAGGGUUCUCAAUCAGCCCGUCAGCGCGGUCCGCCAACCAAUACAUGGCUAUAUUCAGCCUGCUGGCGUUGCACACACAGCUCAGCUGAUGGCAACAGAAGAACCAGAAAACAUCUUUGUUGGCAGCCGCCUCCUUCCAGACAGUGUCAGCCCCUUAACAAAAUCAUCAGCAGCCACUGCACUGGAGGGUGAAAAGAAAGAGGCGCUGGCUUAUGGAGUAAAGCCUGGCGAAGAGGAAUCCCCGGAGGGCGAGCAGGCUUCCAAAGGCAGAAGGCCAAUUUUGCCAUCUGAGAUUCGCAAACAAGGGAAGAGCCAUGAAGGCCUAUUUGGAGGAGAAGACCUGGAUACCGGUGUGGGGAGUUCAUCUGCAGGCAAGCCAAAGGUUGGCUCAGAUGUUCAGCAGGAGCAGGAGUGCAGAAAUAAGCAGGCGCCUGAGCAGCAGCUGAAGACACCUGAGAACAUGGAGAGGAGCGAAGCUGUCAUGUACAUACAGAGCGGGUCUGUAUCGCAGCCGGCGCAGGCAAAAGGCCCUGUUUGGAAGGUGUCAAAGCAUAAAGUCCUGACUCGCUCAAUGUCUGACUAUACUGUGCCUCCUAAGCUAGAAGCUUUUCAUAGUAAGAGCAUGGAAGCAAACGCAGCAAAUGGCGAGAUGGGCAUGGUUGACACAAAGGUCUCUGUUGCCCAGCUCCGUAAUGUCUUUCUGGAAACUGCUCAUGCCAGCAAGAAAACAGACCUCGAAUCUCGGUUUGAGAUGUCAACGUCAGGCAGCGCUUUGCCUGCUGGUGGUGACCGUGAAAGAGGGCCGCGAAGGCCAAGGCGCUAUUUCACUCCUGGUGAAAAUAGAAAGACUUCUGAGCGAUUUAAAACCCAACCUAUAACAUCAGCAGAACGAAAGGAGAUGGAUAGGUCCGUUUUGUGUGCAGAAAUACCAACUGCUGACGACGAAGAAAAAUUAGAUGACCGAGCCAAACUAAGUGUAGCUGCAAAGAGGCUGCUUUUUAGAGAAAUGGAAAAAUCUUUUGAAAUGAAGAAUAUUCCUAAACCACCUACGAGAAGCUCAGCAGUAGAGAGAAGAAUGCGGCGUUUGCAGGACAGAUCACACACGCAGCCAAUUACCAGUGAGGAAGUGGUCAUUGCAGCUACUGAAACUACCCCUGCUUCACGUUCUGUGAAUACCCACACAGUAGUGACAAGAGUACCUAGUCCCACUGUAGUUAAGAGCACUGUACAACCUACCAGCUUGCAGGCAUCAGCACACCAAAAAAUAUUAGCUAAAGAGGAGAUAAGAGCAGCCAAAGAGGCUAUGGGGCAAGAUCAAUCCGAUGAACCAGAUUCUUCCACAUUAAGCUUGGCGGAAAAGAUGGCUUUGUUUAACAAACUGUCUCAGCCAGUAUCCAGGGCUAUAUCCACAAGGAGUCGAGGAGAUAUUAGGCACAGGAGGAUGAAUACUCGUUACCAGACCCAGCCAGUCACUCUUGGAGAAGUUGAGCAGAUGCAAUGGAAAAAGAGUAAACCGGUUCAAAACGAAAGUGGAAAACUUACUCCCCUGUCAAGUACAGUUUCAACAUCAGUUUCAGCAAUGGCUUCUGCCCUUUCUGCACUGUUUGCUGGAGACGUGCAUGCAAAGCCACGUAGUGAUGGAAGUGUGAGUGCUGCCACAAAAGAUGAUUUGAGAUUCCAUGCUUCAGCAGAAAGCUCAGACUCAUCAGGAAAACGCACACAGAAGUCAGAACAGUGGCAGCCCUCAAUGGAAGUGCUAGAAAGCAAAAGAGCAUCAAAGAAGCAUGACGAAGAGGGAAAGAGGUUUCUAGCACAUGAGGCUAAUGAAAUUAGAAAGUACAGCUCCUUUGAGGAUGAAACCACACAUCCUGUUCUUGAAAAAACAGGAGACUACCAUAAAGAGGCAGCCUACAGCUUCCUGAGGAAAGGCAGCAUGGAACUGUUUAGUUCACAACCACUUUUUCAGCCUCUUGAAAGGAAGGAAAUUGAUACCAUGCAAGACCAUGUUGAGCCUACUACUGAACUCACCAGCAUGCCAGCAACGAGGACGCUUUCACAGAGUGCAGCUGUGCCAUCCUGUAGGCUACAGGAGCUGUCUGAACAACUGGAGGGAAAAUUCUACAAGAAUUCCUGUGAGAUGUUUUCUGCUGGAGAGAGCAAAAUGCAGACAACUGAGGAUGCCCUUGAUAGUUCCAGCAAAACGAUGUCAAUUAAGGAAAGGUUGGCAUUGCUGAAGAAGAGUGGUGAAGAAGAUUGGAAGAGCAGGCUGAGUAAAAAGCAGGAAUAUGCAAAAGUGUCUGCCACUGAUCGUAGUGCACAGAUGCAAGAAGUUGAGCAGCUGUUGAGGAAGGAACCUGUAUAUGCUUCUACUUACUCUCCUGUUAUACCUGCUGUCCAUAAAUUUCAUCCUUUUCUACCUAUUAAUCAGGUGAGCAAAAGUCUGCACAGUUCAAAUGCUCAACAGUGUCCAUUAGACUCAUUCUGACUUUUUUUUUUAAUA